AUGCACAAAUCAGCUCGAAAAAAAGACCAGGAAAUUGGAGGAGAGCAGCCGCCCAGUGAAUUGCCCAUCCUUGGUGAGAAGGACAAAUCACAGGAAACUUCCGACCAUGUCUCAUUGCCCUCCCCUUCGCAACAGGAAACAAAAAUAAGACACACCCUGGCGACCGAGCCAUUUCAACCGAUCUUGCAGGUUCUAGCAGACCUCGAGCGCGACGAUCCCAAGUUCGCCUUUCCAGCAGCUCGACUUGUUGGACUCUAUCGCCGCCUAUGGGAGUCGUGCGUAUCCAAGCAUAUCGAUGGCCAGAAGCUAGAGCAGGACAACCUUGCUUUGAAGGAGACUGGUACGCACCUGAGAAAAGAGAGAGAUGGUCUUCAGGUUCGCCACGACAAGCAGCUGUCUCGGCUGCACUUUUUCGAUCAGGUAUUGGAAUUAUCCCGGGAGAGGCUGGUUAGGGUACUCGAUAACUGGAACCACCCUUCGAGACUCAAUCUGGCAGGGUUGCCGGAUAAUGCAAGAGGAGAGUGA